AUGUGUCAUUGGCAGAAAGUUCUUGCAUGGAUAAUUAGGUCUACAUUUGAAAAAAAGCACUUGCUCAAACAUCCUCAAGAGGAGGUAUUACAUAAUACCCAACGUGCUAUUAUCAACUAUACACCUAGGUGUCAAUACGAAAUGAGAAU